UGCAUGGAUUUCUCCUCCAAAUAUAGUGUGUAGAGAGAGAGAGAGUGUGUGUGUGUGCGUGCGCGAAAGAGUGAUGAGAGGGAGAGAGAAGAAAACGCUUUCUCUUUUAAUUUUUCUUCUCUGGCUUGUUCCUCGCCAUCAUUAGCAACAAAGAUCUUGUUCUUGCUGGGGAAUUCCGCUAAAUCUGUAAUGGGUUCUUCUCCGAUCACUGGGAAAAGCAAGAAAAUUAUAUGAUCCAGUUGAGUUUUCGCAUCAGAUUUGAGCUUCUAUCCAUUUUCUGAUCUGGGUUUGUCUUACCUAUUCUUUGGGCUGCUCUGUUGCAUUAGCAUUGGGAUUGUUUCACUUCCGACGACAUAAAAAAGAAUUGGAGCAUUCUUCAAGAUUCUCUCCUCGGAUUUGAACUUGUUUUUGCUUCUUAAUUUGAUCUCUUCCUUCUUUAUUGAUUUGAAGUCCGACCAAUGGAGGAAGAUCAAGAACCGAAGCACAUGUGCAAAUUCUGCAACAAGAGCUUCCCCUGCGGUAGAUCCUUGGGAGGUCACAUGAGGUCUCAUAUGAUCUUAAAUUCAGCUGAAACGGACGAAAAGCUUAGCAGGAGGAAGCUCUUAUCUGCUAACAAUGGCGGCGGAAAUACUAAUGCAGAGGACGGCUUUGAUGGUGGAACUCACGCUAAUUACGGCCUGAGAGAGAACCCCAAGAAGAACUGCAGAUUCGCAGAUUCAAAAGAUGAAACUUCACUCAGUGGCAAGCUCUGCAAGGACUGUGGGAAAGGGUUCCAAUCGUGGAAAGCUCUGUUUGGUCACAUGAAAUGCCAUUCGGAGAAAGAUAGGGUCUCUAACAGCUUGGAGGAAGAUUCAUGGAUCAGUGCUAACCAGAAGCUGGUUAAGGACAGCCAAUCAGACAAUGAGACUGAGGCCGCAGCACCCAAUCGAAGGAGGAGAUCAAGAAGGAUAAAAAGGUAUAUGACCACUGCAACCUCCUCUUCUUUCUCUUUUGCUAAUGCCUCUUCCUCUGUUUCCGAGAUUGAGCAAGAGCAAGAAGAAGUCGCCAUGUGUUUGAUGAUGCUUUCCAGAGACGUGGGUCACUGGGGUGGUUUGAAUUCUGACCCCGACUCCUCGGAUAACAGUUCUAUGUGUUUGGGAGAUCCAUCUCUGCUUCCAACUGAUAAGAUUACCAUAAUUGAAGGUAAGAGUGGUGGUGAGUUUGUGAGCUUGAAGAAACAGAGAGAGGGGAGGUUGGAAUGCGAAACUCUGGAUUCUGAGUUUCUUCAGUUAGAUGAGCAAAAUUGUGCUUCUGGGUUGCCGAAAAAUGGGCGGAAAAGGAUCAAAUCGAAGGCUGGUGUUGAUGCGUUUCUCAGAAGUGACAAGAUUAAGCACACCAAAGUGGACGGUGGAUGCACUUUCGAGGCUUCUGAAGUUGGAUUGGGGAAGAAUUUGAUGAAGGAAGCUGAACUAGAUCAAGCUGAACUGUACGCCAGUAAGUAUAAUUCAAGAAAGAGGAAGUUUCAGGAUUCCUACUCAACUGUAUUGGGAUCAGAUUCCUCAAAGAAAAGAACUAGUGACAAUGCCUUCGAAUCUGAAUUGUGCAAGAGUUCUCAUCACAAGAGGAGCAAAUUUGAGUGUACAACUUGCAACAAGGUUUUCCACUCUUACCAAGCUCUUGGAGGUCACAGAGCUAGCCACAGAAAGAUCAAAGGCUGCUUCGCUUCGCGAAUAGAAAGCAGCGAGACUAGCAUCGAGACUGAAGUCUCCCCAGACGCUGUGGAUGAUGAGAACUCCAUUGAUCAUGAUGCGGCCAUUGGCUGCGUCGAGAAGGUGGAGAGUAGUCACAGGUUGAAGAAGGCCAAGGGGCAUGAGUGCCCAAUUUGCUUCAAGGUUUUUUCCUCCGGCCAAGCUCUGGGAGGCCACAAGAGAUCUCACUUGGUUGGGGGUUCUGAGGUCAAGAACCAUCAAGCCAUUGUAAUUCAGGAACCCAUUCCGGAAAUUCGGGACCUUCUUGAUCUCAAUCUUCCGGCUCCUACGGAUGAAGAAGAGAGCAAUGGCAAUGUUGGGUUCAAGCCAUGGUGGGCUGGAAGCAGCCACAAGCACGAGUCGCUUGUUGGUCUGAUCUCAAACUGAUUCUCCAAGUCCUGGCCAUGUUUCAUGAAUGAUUCAAGAGUGUACAGAUUCAAAGUAUUUCAUUAAUUCUUUACAGAUUCAAGAAUUUGCCAAGGUAAUAGUUCCUAUACUUCCAUUUGCUGCUUAAGAGCUUAUAGCCCCUAAGUAGUCAUUUCCUAUUCAAAAAAAUUUUCCCUGUCAUUCCUUUUUGGUUUUGUUCUUCAUUUUGGUCAGAGAAUAAAUCUUCACUUCUGGCCAUUGAUCUGUUUCACAUAGGAACUCCAAUACUGUAAUUGAGUUUCAUGUUACUUCUUGAUAUUCAACUUCUAUAAGAACUAGAUUUUUGUUCA